AUGUCCGACGUGUCAACGCGGUUUCAAUCGCCGCGACACCAGGCAGUCCACGAAAAAGAUGAAGCAGACGGCAAAACUUCAACGAGAAGGACCAAGGAGCGCGCAAUCGAAGCUUGUGAAGCUUGCGCGACCGCAAAAUUAAGCUGCGAUAACGAAAGACCCUGCAAACGAUGUAAUUCAAAGCAAAUACAAUGCGUCCCCAGAUCCAAAGGCGGGCGUCGCUCAAGCGAGCGUCUUUCCUAUCCAAUUUCCCUCCCACCAUACUCUCCGCAAGUAGGAGGCCCGCCGCCAGACAUGUCCACUCUGACAGCGACCCCCGAAUCUGGGCCAUCAGAAUUCAGCGUGCCGCCACCAUCAGAGUCAUUCUCGGGGAAUGCGCUUGAAAUCUACGAUCCGAACGUCGCUUCAGCGGGCGAGAUGGCUUUAGAGGCAUUUAUCCCCCACAGAAAUGUGCAGGCGUAUUCACCCCUCAACGGAUUUCCCGCAUUCUUCGAACAAGUGAUGCUCCCAGGUCUCGAGGCCGACGAUGAUGUAGUCCACGAUACACAACAGCCACGAGUGUUUGAUUUCAUGCAGGACACCGAUUUCACCUUUUCAGAUACCGACAUCUUUGGCACAGAUUUUAUCCCGGACUUGGAUAAGGUACUCGAUGUUCCAAUGGCUUUCACUGGAUUCGAGGACCCUCAACAAUCCCCGCUAGACGACCAGGAAUCCGCGAGUCGGCGUGCCGCAGCAUUUGGACGUUCUUUGUGGCUUUGGGUGCCUGAGAAAAAUCAACACGGCUUCAGCGAAGAGAGACGCAUUCCCUUACGCGACAGUGACAGUAUUCCAUCCUCACAUAAAAAUCGCUUGGACGCAAUAAAAAUUCCCGGGAAGCUCUCAUAUCAAGCCCGUGAUGAUAUCUUGAAGCUGGUCUUACGCACCGGAGGCUCUCGACUCUCGGUGACGACGUUCCCAUCUGCAGACUAUCUUGACACACUGAUUAAGAUCGGCAUUGGGAAGCGAACUGAGACGGACGCCUGGAUCCACCCCUACACUUUCCAUGAUCCAGUAUACCAACAGUUGCGUCCAGAACUGCUCACGGCUUUGGUUGCGGCGGGAUGUGUGUGCUGUGGAAUGCCCUCUAUUAACAAGACUGGUAUCAUUUUGCAGGAAAUUACUCGAGUGGGCCUCGCACAACUAGUUGAGGAAGACAACAGUGUACUCCGCGAUCUUCAAUACUUGCAAGCUUCAAUGAUAUGGCUCGAUAUUGGAAUUUUCUGUGGCUAUACUCGGAAGAUGCAAAUUGCUGAAAGCUAUUUGCAACCACUUUGUACGGCGGUGCGUCGUGGUGCGGCUUUUGACAGGUCAACAUACACGCUCAUUACCCCAUAUACAUUCGGCAACGACGAUGAAUCAUUACAACGAGCAUGGUAUGCUUGGGUACGACAGGAAUCACUCAAGAGACUUGUGUAUCAUUUGUUCGGUCACGAUGUGGAAGCGGCCACGGCCAUGAAUCGACCCGCCAUAAUUUCCUACACAGAGCUAACGCUCCCAUUCCCAUCGGCCAGAGAUCUAUGGCUUGCUCCUACCGCCGAGGCCUGGCGGGAUACUUGGACAGCCAAGUACCGGUUGACGGGUUGCUCCGAACUGAAUUUACGUGAUCUAUUGUCAGACCCGUCAUUGAUGAGUCAACUACCCCCCGAAUUAGAUCUGGAAAUUGCGAGAUCUGCUCUUCUGCAAGGUCUCGCUCUACAAGUGUGGGAGUUCCGUCAACAAAUGCUUCUAUCUCAGACUUCUCGAUCUGGACCGCGUGCGACAACUCGGUUGUGGUUACAAAGUCGACAAGAAGAUUUAUAUACAACUAUUCGAGCCGUGCAGGAAGACUCCCCAAGCGUACCACCGGUCACGACAUUGUUGAGCGAGUUCGUGAUGAUGUACCUCCACAUUGACAUUGAUGCAAUCCAGCGCUUCGUCGGAAAGAUGGGCGAGAUAGAUGCGCGCCGCGCUUAUCCUGGACUUCGGGACUGGAGCCGGACGAAAGAAGCACGGUCCGCCAUCUGGCACGCCGGCCAAAUGCUUCGAGCGGCCCGGAAUGUGGCCGCCUAUCAGUUCCGCGGCUUCGACUCCUUGGCUAUCUAUCAUGCCGCGCUAGUUCUGUGGGUUUACGGAUUGAUUCAAUGUGGCGAGACUAAGCGACUCGAGGUGACCACCCCCAUGAGUGAAGCCGAUUUGACGCCACAAGUUGCCCUGGAUGGACCCGAGGACCAAGUGACCAAGUCCUUCUUGGGCCACGGCGUUGGCCGGCCCGGAUUGAUGAUGCCGCAGUCCCGUGGGGGCACCGAAGGAGACGUCAAGGUUUUCUGUGAAUUGAGCAAGCCUCGAGCAGUCAUGGCGGUGGCGCGACAGGUGUUUGAAGGGAAUUGCCCACUUCCCUUGCCGGAUGAUAUACUUCCACCGAUGAUUCAAAACCUGUGUUCUCUUAUUGAGGAUCUGGGCAACCUACGAUGA